AUGGCAUCGGCCACUAUUUCCCAAUCUGCUUACUAUCCGUCAUCUAAUCCCUUUACAAGACUGAGCAUUAUCGUGAUUGAAGUGUUAGAUGAAGUGCAGCAGCAAGCAGUUAAAAGGAUUCAGCGCGAUAAAACCACAUUCACACUGUCAGCGAUAAGCUACAUUUUGGUCGGGCGUGGACGAGCCGAUGAAAUUGAACGCGGUGUUUUGUUCACAAGGACUACAGUACAUGGGUGCUUUGUUACUAAGUACUGGCCUCAUGCUCUUAUCCUUGGAACGGAGUUGCCAUCGUACUGCUUAUUAGUAGUUUCUUGUGAACGGCUUCUGGUAGUGCUUCGACCACUGGAUUAUAGCAGAUAUUUUGGAGAGAUAUCUAAGUGUCAGCUUCUUCUAUUUGUGCCUCUGGCGGGAACGAUAUCUCUUAUGGCUGCCUGUUUUUCUGCUCAUCUAGAUGGCGAUAGGACUGUCGAAACUCAACAUUGCUUCAUUAUUGACAGUACAGCUGCAUGGUUCGCAAGUUUUCAUUUUCUUAUCGUUGUUGCUGCAUUCGUCGUAUCCUUUAUAUCCUUCCUCGUCACCUGGCGAAUUCUCGUGAGACGUGUACAUGGAAGACACAUUAUGAAAACAUCUUAUAUUGGGACCUGGUUGACUAUCUCUGCAAUAUCAGCGUUGCUCGUAUCGCUACCUUCUGCAGUGAUGCUCGGUAAGCUGUGGAUAGGAGCAGAUAUGAGUGAUGUUACAGUGGCCAUAGCUUAUGCAAUCCCAGGCUUUCUUUCUAUCUUGAACACGAUGGUUAAUUUUACCCUACACAAGGAGUUUCGUGGCCAGCUUUUGGCACUGUUCGGUUUCAAACGAUCAAAUCUGGAUAUGCUCCGCUUGGAUAAGCCACCCAUAGGCAAGCAAUUUUACUACAAAAUUACACCUUGGGGAGUUCAGCUAAGAACUGUAUGUGUCCACAUAUGCAAUGGCACACAUCUGAUCUUUACAGUGAGUGUCUGUGACGAUUAUACCACUGCGAUCAAAUUGGAAGGCGAAAGCAAUGAAGCCAUACGGGACGAGAUCUUGGUCAUACGGUCACGCUCAAUCAAUGCAGUGCGAGACAGUGCAUUAUCGUGGACGUCGGACUCAAAGCUUCUAUUGUUCCCUAAAAGUGUUUGUGAAUGUAAUUUCAAAAGUGUUCCUUGA